AUGCCGCAAUGCUUCUCCCUUCAAUACCUUGCUAGACAGCUUUCGCAAAACAUGAUGCAGUCCAACAAUGGCGGUAUCUCUCGCUCGUCUUCCGCAACAUUAUCAAUGGCUCCGCGACUUUCCUCGGCUAUCUUCGACGACAUAAACAUUGCUCAAGGACUGUUGAAUGAGCCUAAGGAUCCACGACAUCGGUCUUCCAUGACAAGCAUCAAUUUUUCCGCCCUCGAUGGAUCCGACGACCAAGCCCAAAUCUCAGUUGUGCCAGCCGAUGGCCAUCCAGGAGGUAGAGAACAAAGAGUCAUGCGUAGCAGCAACACCUGGACAUCGUCGAGCGGCGACGUGCUGUCGGACCACGACGAAGUUGAUGACCGGACGAUAUUUGUUCAUGAGUACAAUCGCUUGGCUAGAAAGCAUGGUGUUCGACCAAUAAAUCCAGAAGACUACGAUGUAACGAACGAUGAGCUGAUCCACGCAUCUGCGAAACCCGGAAGUUGGUUUUCUCGAAAGAUCCUACGAAAGACGUCUUCGUCGCAAAGCGUCAAGCUGAAAGCCGAAAAGGGCAUGAAGCAUAGGCGGAGCUUCAGCGACCUGUCUCUGCGCUUGAAGUUGAAGAAGGACAAGUUGAAAGACAAGGACCUACGGGAACUAGUCCGGCUCUGCGGCUCGAGCCUCCUGUACCUGCCAACGGAAUACGCCGCCGGGAGUCUGUCAGUUCCUACGUGCUUUCGUGCAACAGCUCAGUAUCUUGUGCAACAUGGCAAGUCAAGUCUUGUAACUGCGAAGUGUCAACUUGAGACUGACUUUCGUGUAGCACCUACCACUAGAGGCGUCUUCCGAGUCCCGGGCUCGCAGAAUGUUGUGGCGGCAUUGUACAAUCAUUACGGCUCUAUGGAUGAGGACGGACAGGUUGUUUCGGGAACUGUGCGAUGUCCCACGCUCCCAGAGCAUAUCAGAUGCGAUGUACACGAUGUCGGAUCGGCCUUUAAGAAAUUUUUAUCUGGCUUACCUGGAGGAAUUCUAGGAUCCUUGCACCUUUUCAACGCUCUCAUUUCUAUUCAGAGCCAGCUGCGUGGCGACCCUGAACUCACGCGGACAAAGCAGAGCAAAGUUCGUGCACGACUCAUUGCUCUGGCGAUUGCGACUCUGAGAUCUCAGUACAGACGCGAACUGAUAUGUGCUGUAUUUGGCCUUCUCAGUAUGAUCGGGCGGGCAGCUGAGAUCGCUCCAAGAGAGAAUGAGCGUGGACGGCCAUUGCCUACAUCUGACCUCAUGGGAUAUGGACCUCUGGGUAUCAUAUUUGGCCCCUUGCUUGUUGGUGAUCUACUAGAAGAUCACACGAUGCGCAUUGCAAAUCCCCAAGGAGGGCUGGUCUUGCUCCCGGUCAGUCCACCAAAAUCUCGCAAGGAAAGGCAAAAGAAGAACAAAGCAGGCGAGGCAGGUACUGCAUUUGAUAACCACGUGGAUAAGAUUAAAGUCGCUAACAGCAUCGCCGAGAUGCUUAUUACCCAUUGGCGUGAUGUUGUUCGUCAUAUGAGGAAUCUGGGCGCGCUCAAGAUUGUCGUCGCCGCCAAGAGCAUGACUGUCAGAGGUGGAAGACAGCCUAUGCUUAGACCAUCGGCUUCAGAAUCUUUUGCUCUACGGAAGCCCCCGGACUGGGAUAACUUCAAGUCUCCCAUCAGGCGACAAGAAACGAGUGUAUCUCCUACUCCUACGCCACGACGCAUCAAUGUUCUUCUUGAUCAUGUAGCCAUGCAUCCAUCCUCGCCCCAGCCCGAUGAUAUGCUAGUGAUUAAGAAACAACGAUCGAAGGCCAAGCCGAUGUUGAGCCAACGUCUCUCUGUUGGUCGCUCCUUAAGUAUUCUCUCCCCUACCGCAGAAGAGUAUACGAGAGAUGAUCAGUCUGAUACGCAAACUCCGACUACUCGGUCGAAAGGAACACCGAAAGCAUCUCAUCUAUUAGAUAGUGGAGAAGCUUCAUCCUCGUCAGCUCACAGAAUUUCAAAUCCAGCCAAAGAUGGUUUCUACAGCCCCUCGACACCAUGUGAGGAUGGAAGCCAUCUUCCUGACGCAUCCCCACUUGGAGGACCUCGAGAUGAAGCGGACUUGGAAUUGAUGUUGAAAGAAAACACACAUCCCCGUCAAACUCUAUCAACUGCACUUCCCAGUGGAUCACCAAGGCCAAAUGAGCUUGCCGAGCAGAGUAGCAAGCAACAGCUGCAUUUCAUGUCGACGCCGGUGUUUUCUAACAGCAGCCCGAGAGCCAGUUUGGGAAAGAGCUUACGCAAGAAAGGUAGAAUCUCGAAGGAGUCCAGUUCUUCGUCGGGCAAGGCCAAGAUUGCUGUUAGUCAAGGUAGUCCGAGGAAGCUUCAGAAACAAUCUCAGAGAAUCAUGGACCGGGGAAGAGGGAAGCUGUCUCCGGGACCUAGGCCACUGCAACCAAUGGCUCAUAUUUCGAGCCCCAGAGAUGCAGCCGUAAUGACAGAUUAUGCGGCCAUGACUGCAGAAAUUGAUGUGUACCACUCGGAUUCGGUAGCGCAUCUCCGGGAGCAAGAUAAGCAAAUAUUCAAGCAACAAGAGCCAGCCCUCGAUGCCGAAUUCGCGGUUCUCAAAAAAAAGUUCGAAGCAUUCCAAGCUGAGAAGUGCGCUCCUGAGGAGUCAUCGUCGACGGAUUCUGAGGCUUCCAAGGUAGGAGCUAUCAUAGUUGCAGCAAACGAAGCUGAUUUCGAGGCGUGCAUCUCAAAAUCGGAAGCAAUUCUCGCCGAGAAAAAUCUCGAGGCACACAAACAGCAAAAAUUGGCUUUUGAGGCUGGAGCUGCUGUGCUUGAGGCAAAAAUUGAUAUGCUCGAAACUAUCCAAGCAGAAAAAAUAGUGGAAAGGCCUACUGCUCACGAAGUAUCUGCGGCACUCAACCAUCAACCAAACUCAGGUAGCUCUGCGUCUCCUCACGAAGAAGCCACUACUGCCCAGGAUAAAGGGAAGUGCAGCUCCCGCAGCCAUUCUUCCAGAUGGCAUACAACUCCAAUAAGCGAAAAACGGAAGGCAGCAGAAUUGAGUGGAAAAAUGGCAUCAAAUAAGAAUGAGUUCGAUAGUUUUGAUUCCAGGCUGCAAAAUGACCCUGCCAUCGGGCCUCAAAUCGAUGGAUCUCAUGUUGUAGCAGAGAAUUUUGUGUCUACUGCCAGGCGGGUUGCACCCGAGGCCGGCAUCGAUGCUCUUGACUUGCACACGCCUCCGAAACAUUUCGACCCGGUAUCCAAAGCCAAGAAGUUAGGCUUCGAGAUCGAAGCACAGUCUUCCAACAUAUUUUCCCCUUCGCCCGACAAAAAUCUCCGAGAUGGGACUUAUACUGAGUCAGACCCUUACAGAAUCCGAGCUGCAAAACGUCGAUCUCCUUACAAAGCUCACCACGCCGUGCCUUUUGCUCACCAGUAUGUGAAUGGUGUCAAGGUCGAUAAAUCACCUGCUUUGAGCCCUUCUCCUCUAUCUUCCAGUGAUCUCUCCGAAGAGAGCCAUGUAGCAUCUAAGAAUCGCGAUUCAGAGACCAGAGAUAUCAGUGCAGAGUACGCAGCUUUCAUGAAAGACGCUAUGACGUUCAAGGCUCGAUACGAUGCUACCCUGGCCGAUACCAAGUCACCGGGAUAUAAAUUCAAGAAACGGGUCCUUGAUAAAGAGAUGGAUGAACUGGAUGCUCGAUGGAAGCCUAUUAAGACAGCCAUGGAUUCUGGGAUCAAAGCAGAAGGGAACAAAAAACUGUCUACAAAAACCUCUUCCUUCACACCCUUCGGUCACAUUGGCACGGAAACAAAGUCCCGUCCCUCUAUUUAUCCACUUGGCUCACCCAAAAUUACAAUUUUCAGAACAUCUUCGGGAAGUGAAGAUAGAAAAUAUUUGCGGGUCCUUCGUCGAAUCGGAGGUAGUGACCCAGGACUACAGCUAAGAGCUCGUAGCUUUUCGCCUCGUCGUGUAUCGAGGUCGCUCUACGAACAUCCUAAGCGCAUCAAGAACGUGCUUACUAUCUCAAGGCUCCCUAGAGAUCCCCUUCUACGGACUUCCCACGAGAUUGAUGAUGCUUCUUUGGCUAUCUUGGCUCAGGCUUUGGCUACUGGCGGUGCUGGCGGUGCGGAUGAUAUCCCGAACCAGGAGCCCAGGCCAAACACCUGGAGUCGAAACCACCAUCAGUUUGAGGACAAAGAAAUUAAGCAAAGGGUGGAUCACUCUUCUAUUAUUCCAAGUCUCGGUUCAGAAGAAGGAACAGAAGCCUCUACUUCAAACCCCUCUCGCGACCUCAUACUCCGAGGAGGAAUGUUCAAAGAAUAUAUUCAGCACACUGAAGCAGACACAAGCCCAACCAAAUGGUCUGAUGCAACUACCCAAGUCGGUACGAGGCUUGAGCCAACAUUCCAGCCAAGACCAGAUGUGAUGGUCAGCCUGCCAAUGCAGGUUCCUAAAGAAAGUUCUAUUGACACAGCUCGCCCACAUCUGGUCCACCUGCCAGCAGUUGUGCCCAAAAGCCUGGAAAAGAAACCAGUACCCGGAAGCCCUCUCAACACACCAGAAGGCCGUAGUAAGAAGUCACCACCACAGACUCCUGCCAACAGUCCCGCCAAAGAUGCAUCCGAAAGCCCAUCUAAGCAAUCAAAAAGCCCGAGCAAGAUCUCACUUCUCGUAGCCAGAUUCAACAGUGGAGGCCGAAGCUCGCCACCCUUGGUUUCCGCAUCUUCUGCAAAGUCGUCGCCAGCCAAGUCACACACAAAGAUUCCAACCAGACCAGGAACCCCGGAAACGACAGCUGGCGUCGAAACUUACAAGGGUAGUAUUGUAGCUCCGUAUACAUCCAACCCAGCUUCUCCGACUAAAUCGCAAAAGUCUGAUAAAACACCCCAGUCAAUAAGGGCUGCUGGUGGAGAAACUGUCUCGAUACUGGAUCCGAAGCGCAGUCCCGUUCGAAAGGCUACUCCUAAACGGAUCUUGCGGGAAUCUCUCAAAGACUCGACACCACUCCGAUCGGUUGGCAAGACUGUCAACCCAUCAGCAACUCCAUCGCCCCCAAAGGCUACAAAUCCAUAUGCAGUCUCACUUCGACCUGUCCGAAAGAGUGUCGAUGGUUCGCCAACUCGCGGUUCUUCAAACAGUGAAUCCCAAAAUAGUGAGCUUGGUGGAGCACAUCCGACAGCUGCAGUGGCUCAACCGAAGGAAUCAAUUGGUUCCGAGCCAACAAACACGAUCUUGGUGUUUCCGGCGACUACUUACGAGGCAACAUUGGUCAAGAAGCCGGAAACAAUUCUCAAGCAGACACCGCCAUCACCUGUGGAAACCAUUCGACGUAAUCGCAAGUCUGGGACCAGUGGAUCAUCUAUUGACCACGUCUCAGUUUACGGACACGGAAUCCAUCUCAAACCUGCGCCUCCGGUCAGCUCGGGGGAGCUAAGUCCAGUCUUGCCGGGCUUUGAUGGACCAGCAGGUGCUUCAAACAUCGGACGUGUGCUUCCCCGACCCGACCUGCCACCUGUUGCCCAGCAUCUUCAACUUUCGCGGCCCCCGACAGCUAGUACGGUAUCAGAACUGGUAGUAUUCGCCGAUCAUCCAGAGUUCCGAGAGUCAGGCUUGAAUCCUCCCCCAAGUCGCAGUAGCUCGUUGCUUUACAACCAGGUCAGAAUCCUCCAGCGUCAGCUUGCCGAUAAGAUCGAGGAGGUCCAGCAUUUGAAGCAGCAACUCAAUGCUCGCGAGAAUCUGGAAAUUGGUACGCUUAGCGAAGAACUUCGAGAGACGAAGCGGGAUUUGCACAGCUGGAAGGCAAGAGCUGAGGUUGCUGAGAAGCAGCUUGAAAUCGUCAUGAAGAUGCCAUCUCGGAACAAUUCUUUCAAACACGCUCCUAGCAACGUUUCGAGACGUUCGGACAGACUCGAGAGGACCAGCACUGAUUCAAGACGGGAAGAAGGAACCAUGGCGGAGAGAAUUAGAAAGGCGUUGCAUGGACUUGAUGGCACAGAGGACACGGAGAGUAUGACGCGGUGGAGCUCGGGGGAUAGUACGAACACUGUUAUCCGCGACCUGCAGGGGGUUGUGCUUACGGGAAGUGACUACAGUAGUUGGAUGGAGCAACCGAUUGGUGGGGAUGAGUGA